AUGUCUUCAGAAGGUGGAAUCAUUAAAAAACGUAAUAAGGCAACAUUGGUGUGUACCAAUUGUAAGAAGAAGAAGAUCAAAUGUAAUCGUCGUCAACCUUGUUCGUCAUGUGUACGGCUGAAUACAGGCUAUUCCUGUACUUAUGAAACCAAAUGGAGACCAGUAUCAUUUGAUCCCAAUCAUCCUAAUCAAUCAUCCAUCGCAGAGUCUCUGACGGUUGAUGCUGAUAUGAAUGAUUCUUCUCCAAAUGUUGCAAAUUCAAUUAAUGGUGACAAUAAUAAUCCUUUACAAGAUGAAUUAUACCUAUUACGAAAGAAAUUGAAUGAUUUAGAGGCUUCUUUCCUAAACAAUAAGACAAAUAGUACACCAUCUUCAAAUAAUGAUAAUCAAAUACCAAAAGCUCCUGUUAGUACUAGAUUCGCCGUUAGUUCUGUCCCCAUCUCCAAUGCCACUGCCACUCGUCCAUCAAAUAUAAUAAAUCCCGUGGUGGAUGAUGAUGAAACCAUUAACUUUUAUGAAGGGUAUACCUCAAUUCAAAUAAAAGGCAAUGUAAGGCGAGUUAAUUUCGGUCCCUUAUCAUGGGCUUCAUUAAUGAGAAAAGAUACUUGGUUAAAUCUUAUUUGGAAAUAUAAUGAAUCUCAAACCUUAAGUGAAUGUUUAUUUACUCAACAAAUCCCACAAUUAAAUCAAGAAAAUAUCAAUGCUUAUACGGCUGAUACUGAUGGUAGUGAGGGCGGAGCAGGAGGAUCUGUCAAUAUCUUCAAAAAGAAAUCAUUAGAACAUGAUGGUUAUAAUGAAAUGGUUCCUUAUAAGACCUUAGUUAAAAAUGGUGGAAAAGCAGGAAGUAUAAAUGUUAGUACCGUAACAUUAGCCAAAACAUUAUUUGAAGGAAGACUUAAUCCUGAAUUACAAUUGAUUGAAAAGAUUAAAAUGAUCUUACCUAAAAAGAAAGUAUUAUGGAGUUUAAUUGAUCGAUUCUUUAUUGUUUUAUAUCCCCAUUUACCAUUCAUUGAUGAGAUUGAUUUUAGAAAAGAAUUAUCGAAAAUCAUUGGUCCUAUAAGUUAUGAAGAUGAACCAUUUGGCAAAGUUAAAAUUGCUAAAAAGAUGGAUUUAGCUUAUAUUUCCGUAUGUUUGAUUUUAUUAAGAUUAACUUAUUUAUCAUUGUUUAAUAAUCGAAAUUGUGCCAAUGCUCAUAUUAUAAAUUCUCCUGAAGAUACCAUUGAGAAAUAUUUAUUUAAAAAUCCUAUAAAUCUUGUCGUGAUUGAAGUGGCUAAUUCAUGUAUUGAUUGUUUCCAAUUCGCCCGUAAAUCAAACUUGACAGUUUUCCAAGCCGUAUUUUACAUGAGAUUAUAUCGUAUGCUUGCCCCUGAAGAAGGUGAUGGAGCAGAUGGUGGUGAUUCUCAAGUGGUUACCGCUAUGUUAGUACAAAUGGCAUUUUCAUUGGGUUUGAAUCGUGAACCUGAUAAAUUUGAUAUUUGUAAUGAUGAAAAAACCAAUCAUAUUGGUAGAAAAAUAUGGCAUUUCUUAUUAAGAUCAGAUUUAAUUCAUUGUUAUAGUGUGGGGAAUCCAACAACUAUCGAUAUGAAACAUUUCGAUGUCAGAAGUCCAUUUUUAAAUGAUAAAAAUAGUAAUUUACAAGAUCUUGAUUUGGAAACUGCUGUCGUGGAGACAUUUUCAUAUUUAAAGAAUAAAUUAUUCCCUUUGAAGACCGUUUUGGAUAUGGUUUUGGAUAUUAAUUACGGAUCAUCCAUUAAUAAAUUGACUUCUUCAUUAAAUGAAGUGGAAAGAAUUGCUACUGAAACAUUUUAUGUCUUGGAGGAAGAUACAUCAUCAAGUGAUACCAAUCCUAAAGUAGCUCAUUUCAUUGAUCUGGUUAAGAGUAAGAUUUACUUAUCGGUGAAAAGUUCAGUCACAACCUUAUAUUAUCAUCUUUAUUUACAUUAUGAAAAGAUUUAUAAUAGUGAAUUAUCAUUUUUUUAUUUAAAAAAGAUGUAUUUGAUUAUUCUUUAUGAUAUUGCACCAUAUAUUUUUGAAAUUUUAUAUGGGAAAUUCAGUACAGAUGGAUUAAUCUUAAAUCCUGUUCUUGAAAUGGCAUUACAUAAAUUCAAUCAAAUAAAUUUAUCAAGUAUGGCCCGAGUUAAUUAUUUAAAAUAUACUAUGGAACAAAAACCGGAUCAUUUAAGUCGAUUAAAUUCUGAUGCUCAAUAUCGUGCUAAUUAUAAUCGAUUUACAAAUUUAUCUACUAAUUUUAGAAGAACAGGAGAAUUAAUCACUUAUAUAUUUGAAAAAUUAUCAACUCGUUAUUAUUAUGCUUGGAGACUUUAUAAAGCUCAUACACAAUUAUUUAAAUUCCUUAGUAAUUCAACUAUUUAUGACACUCAUUUACCAGGGAUGAAAAAGAUUCGUGCUUUCCAAUUUUCAGCUAAUCAAUUAGAUGAAAUUGAUUCUAUAAUUCAUCUAUUAGGUAAAACUAUUGCUAAGAGUGUUUAUUAUGAAGAUAGAUAUGAAAAUCAACCAUCAUCAUCAACCACGAUUGGGAAAAUCCCUCAUAAUAUCCCCACUUAUAAAUCUAAAAAACAACAACAAAGACCUCCUCUCAAUGUUAAUGUUAAUAAUACCAAUGGUACUCCAAAUAUGUCAUCAUCAUCAGCUCCAGGAUCAACGGUUGGUAAAUCUCCAUCAGGUAGUGUUGUAUCUGAUAUAACGGUGACACCUCAUUCAUCGAUUGAAUCACCUCCUCAAAAGGCUAAUUCAAGUAUGAAUCAUGAAUAUGUGGAUCAAAUGUGGAUGCAAGUUAUGGCCAUGAAAUUUGAUACGUUAGAUCUAAUGAGGAUUUUAUUAGGUGGUAAAUCUUUAAAUGAUUUAGUUAUUUUCUUAACACUUGAUUUAUUAACAACCAAUUCGAUCUUUCGUUUAAACUCUUCAUCUCUGUUUGAUUGGAUCAGUACUUUAUGGGCUUUUCUCUUAUUCACAGACUCAUCAUCUUUUAAAACUUUACUAUAA